AUGUCGGGCCCAAGCGACAAGGCGCGCUUUUUUCUCGAGCAGUCCGCCGCGGAGCUCAAUGAGCUCGAGCGGAAGCAGAUCUUUUCGAGGGAAGAGAUCAGUUCAAUAGCAAGAAAACGUUCCGAUUUCGAGCACAUCGUCAAUGCUCGCGGCUCGCACCCUUCCGACUGGCUGCGUUACAUCGAGUUCGAGAAGAAUGUAGACGCGCUGCGGCGAAAGCGCAUUAAGAGACUAGCCGUGCGAUACCGUGGCAGCGGGCAACGCACGAUAUACUCUCUCUACAACCGCAGCACCAGGAAGUUUCAGGGCGACUUGGGUCUAUGGAUGCAAUACAUCGAGUUUGCGCGCAAGGACAAGGCUUACAAGAGGCUGAAUGAAAUCUUCACUCAGGUUGUGCGCCUGCACCCCACGAAGCCGGAACUCUGGAUCUAUGCAGCAAACUACUUCAUUCAAACCCAGGCAGACAUUACGGAUGCUCGAAGCUACAUGCAGCGAGGGUUGCGGUUCUGCAAGAGCUCCGAGCAGUUGUGGGUAGAGUACGCCAAACUGGAGACGAUUUACAUUGGCAAGAUUGCGGGGCGGAGAAAGAUUCUAGGACUGGACGUCGAUCGCACGAAGAAAGAACAAGAUGAAGAAGACGAGGACAUGAUCACUCUUCCGGAGGUAACGGCUGAAGAUGUCAACCCCAGCUUGAAGAAAGAUGAUGGCGUGGACGAGGUGGCCCUCCAGAAUCUGGCCUCUGCACCAGUCUUAACAGGAGCUAUACCCAUUGCAAUCUUUGAUUCGGCGAUGAAGCAUUUCAACAGCAACGCCGCGCUUGCAGAGCGAUUCUUCGACAUGUUUGCCGAAUUCGACCAAGUACCCAGUGUCACACGCAUCCUACAACAUGUCGAGGAUCAUCUGCGCCAGAAUGCUGCGGAGACCGUCCAGGCAGCUGCAUGCGCUUUCCGCUUGCCGUUCUUUGGUUUGCACGCAGCAUCUUCCGAAUUUCCGACGGUGCUCGCAAGCUCUCUGGAAAAGCUCAAUGCAGCUAUUACACAGCACUCCAACCACAAACGUCACCUAACUCAAAUCGCCCUUCGACAGAUCUUGUCGUCGAUCCGAUUUGCGCAAGACAUGGAUCCGGUCGUUAGGAAAGUUCUUUCAUCGCAGUUACGAAAGUUCACUGUGUUUUUGGAGGAGACCGGAGACGGCACCGGAGACAGCAUUGCGACACUGAGUGAGGCGUUGAAAAGAGAAGGGAAGAAAGAAGAUGCAAAACAUCUGGUACAAUCGAGCAUGAAGCGACUCGGCACCAAUGAGCGCCUUCAACAACUCAAUGCUGCCUUGACCACCUGA